UGAUCCCAAAGUUGGUUUCUUGUUGAAUUUUAGUGAGAACACUUCCCUUGGUUCCAUUCUGGUUGGGCUUGGGGACAGGGUGUUAAUUUUAUGUUACAAAAUAUCCUUGACUGGAGAGUAUAUGCAGAACAAAAUAUUAUGUUUUUCAAAAGGAGGCAUAAGACUGAGGGGAAAAAAGCUGAGAAAUACUGUUCUAGCGACUUGGAACCCCAGGUUCUCAAAGGCAAGGCAGCAGAGAAAGCAGUGAGAGGAGAAAGCCCGAGUAUAGUGAGGAAAAAUCCCAGAGGGGCCGGGGCAGCAUUUCGUGAGUAUGAAUAUUUGUGUUUUCUUGGCUUGUUACCUCAUUUACCCUCAACUGUUUAAAGAUGGGCUUUCUGAGACAUUUCAUCCAGUCUUAAUGUUUUAAGGGGAGCAAAGAAAUGGUCAUUUGAUUUGAAAAAGCAGGGAGGGAGUUUUUUUUUUGUUUUUUGUUUUUUGUUUUUUUUUUGCGGUAUGCGGGCCUCUCACUGCUGUGGCCUCUCCCGCUGCGGAGCACAGGCUCCGGACGCGCAGGCUCACGGGCCUAGCCGCUCCGCGGCAUAUGGCAUCCCCCCGGACCGGGGCACGAACCCGUGUCCCCUGCAUCGGCAGGCGGACUCUCAACCACUGCGCCACCAGGGAAGCCCGAGGGAGAUUUUUUUAAUGUGGGGAGCAGCAAACCCUUGGGGUCCAAGGGCCCCUUGGUAUUGGUGGGGCAGUUCCGGGCCUCUGUUUCCCCCUCCUCUUCGGUGUCUCCAGCCGAACCCCUCUACAGAUGAAAGCCCAGACGGUUCAGCAUUUUGCAGAAACAAAGAACUGUUCUGGGUUCCUGUUUCAUUCUGAGGCGGGCCGAGGGCUCUCAGCCCAUUUGCGGAGGUGAGAUGACGGACACCCCUUGCGUCCAAGGGGCUUUGAGCUGGCUCAGGCUGCGAUAGAGGGGAGCUCUGGUCCACCGAAGAGCCCUCUCAGAGCACCGGCCCACUCCUUAAGCCCCAAACCUCCGCUGUACCAAAGGCUAAUCAAUGAAAAACCAAACCAAACCAAAACUCCACAGGCACACGCAGGGGAAAUGUUCUGCAUUCCUAAAGGGGUGCUCCGCCCCGCCUGGGCCCCUAUCAGUGCAACCCUGCGGCUUCCCUUGCUGCCGCACUGUUUUGUGAACUCCUGUCUUGGGAACAGCGAUGUCUGCUCGUCCCCACUUCCGGGCUUCCCCUUCCCCAGCUACCGCCUCGGCCUGCCGAGGCUUGACCCCGCGCCCAGCGCUUCUGCGUGCAGCUCCGGCUCCACUUUCACUUUCGGUCCCGGGGCGGCCAAGGCAGGCAGCAGCAGUGUGGUCCCCGAGCCCCAGCCUGCAGAUCUACUCUGUGGGGAAGCGAGAGGCAGUUCAAGCAAGAUGAUAUCUCUGUCCAUCAAACGGCCCCUUGUGACCAUGUCCUUUCUGCUUUCAUCACUGUUGAUGCUCUUAACUGCGGCAACUCCAUCCUGGUGUCAGAGCAGUGAAACGACAUCUCCAAAGGCUAGUAACAGGGCACCAUUUCCUUGGAAUAAAAUGCGACUUCCCGAGCACAUCAUCCCAGUUCAUUAUGAUCUCAUGAUUCAUGUCAACCUCACCACUCUGACUUUCGGAGGAACCACGGAAAUAGAAAUCACAGCCAGCAAGCCCACCAGUACCAUCAUCCUGCAUAGUCACCACCUGCAAAUACCUAAGGCCGCCCUGAGGAAGGGAGCUGGUGAGAAGCAGUCUGAAGAGCCGCUGAGAGUCCUGGAAUACCCGCCUCAGGAGCAGAUCGCACUCCUGGCUCCUGAGCCCCUGGUGGUUGGGCUCCCAUACACCAUUGUCAUUGACUAUGCUGGCAAUCUUUCUGAGAGUUUCCAUGGAUUUUAUAAAAGCACCUACAGAACCAAGGAAGGGGAAGUGAGGAUACUUGCAUCAACACAGUUUGAACCGACUGCAGCCAGAAUGGCCUUUCCCUGCUUUGAUGAACCUGCUUUCAAAGCGAGUUUUUCAAUCAAGAUCAGAAGGGAACCAAGACACAUCGCCAUCUCCAACAUGCCACUGGUUAAAUCUGUGACUGUUGCUGAAGGACUCGUAGAAGACCACUUUGAUGUGACUGUGAAGAUGAGCACCUACCUGGUGGCCUUCAUUGUUUCAGAUUUUAAGUCUGUCAGCAAGAUAACCAAAAGUGGCAUCAAGGUUUCCGUGUAUGCUGUUCCAGACAAGAUAAAUCAGGCAGAUUAUGCCCUGGAUGCCGCAGUGACUCUUCUAGAAUUUUAUGAGGAUUAUUUCAGCAUUCCAUAUCCCUUAUCCAAACAAGAUCUUGCUGCUAUUCCUGACUUUCAGUCUGGUGCUAUGGAAAACUGGGGACUGACAACAUACAGGGAAUCUUCUCUACUGUUUGAUGCUGAAAAGUCUUCAGCAUCAAGUAAGCUUGGCAUCACGAUGACCGUGUCCCAUGAACUCGCCCACCAGUGGUUUGGGAACCUCGUCACUAUGGAAUGGUGGAAUGAUCUUUGGCUAAAUGAGGGAUUUGCCAAGUUUAUGGAGUUCGUGUCUGUCAGUGUGACUCAUCCAGAACUGAAAGUUGAAGAUUAUUUCUUUGAUAAGUGUUUUAAUGCUAUGGAGGUAGAUGCGUUAAACUCCACACACCCUGUGUCCACACCUGUCGAGAAUCCUGCUCAGAUUAAGGAGAUAUUUGAUGAAGUUUCUUAUGAAAAGGGAGCUUGUAUUCUGAAUAUGCUAAGGGAUUAUCUUGGUGCCGAUGCAUUUAAAAGUGGUAUUGUAAAGUAUCUGCAGAAGUAUAGCUAUAAAAACACUAAAAACGAGGACCUCUGGAAUAGUAUGGCAAGUAUUUGCCCUACAGAUGGCACACAACGAAUGGAUGGAUUUUGUUCUAGAGGUGAACAUUCAUCUUCACACUGGCGACAGGAAGGCCUCGAUGUGAAAACCAUGAUGAACACCUGGACGCUUCAGAAGGGCUUUCCCCUGGUAACCAUCACAGUGAGAGGGAGGAACGUACACAUGAAGCAAGAGCACUUCGUGAAAGGCCCGGACGACGCCCCAGAAACUGGGUACCUGUGGCAUGUCCCGUUGACAUUCAUUACCAGCAACUCAGACUCAGUCCAGCGAUUUUUGCUGAAGACAAGAACAGAUGUGCUCAUCCUCCCAGAAGAGGUGGAAUGGAUCAAAUUUAAUGUUGGAAUGAGUGGCUAUUACAUAGUGCAUUAUGAGGAUGAUGGAUGGGCUUCUUUGACUGGGCUUUUAAAAGGAACACACAGGGCAAUCAGCAGCAGUGAUCGGGCCAGUCUCAUUAACAAUGCUUUUCAGCUUGUCAGCAUUGGAAAGCUAUCCAUUGAAAAAGCCUUGGAUUUAACCUUGUACUUGAAACAUGAAACUGAAGUCAUGCCAGUGUUCCAAGGUUUGAAUGAACUGAUACCUAUGUAUAGGUUAAUGGAGAAAAGAGAUAUGAAUGAAGUGGAAACUCAGUUCAAGGCCUUUCUCAUCGGGCUGCUGAGGGACCUCAUUGAUAAGCAGACUUGGACGGAUGAGGGCUCCAUCUCAGAGCGAAUGCUGCGGAGUCAUCUGCUUCUCCUGGCCUGUGUGCACAAGUACCAGCCCUGUGUGCAGAAGGCAGAAGGCUAUUUCAGACAGUGGCAGGAAGCCAAUGGGAAUUUGAGCCUGCCCAGCGAUGUGACCUUGGCAGUGUUUGCUGUAGGGGCCCAGAACCCAGAAGGAUGGGAUUUUCUUUACAGUAAAUAUCAAUCGUCAUUGUCCAGUACUGAGAAAAACCAAAUUGAAUUUGCUCUCUGUAUUAUCCACAAUAAAGAAAAGCUUCAGUGGCUGCUAGAUCAAAGUUUUAAGGGAGAUACAAUAAAAACUCAAGAGUUUCCAGAUAUUCUUAGAGCUAUCAGCAGAAACCCAGUGGGAUAUCCAUUGGCCUGGCAGUUUCUGAGGGAAAAUUGGAAUAAACUUGUACAAAAGUUUGAACUUGGCUCAAGUUCCAUAGCCUACAUGGUAAUGGGAACAACAAAUCAAUUCUCGACAAGAGCAUGGCUUGAAGAGGUAAAAGAAUUCUUCAGCUCUUUGAAGGAAAAUGGGUCUCAGCUCCGUUGUGUCCAGCAAACAAUUGAAACCAUUGAGGAAAACAUACGUUGGAUGGAUAAGAAUUUUGAUAAAAUCAGAGUGUGGCUACAAAAUGAAAAGCUUGAACUGCUGUAACAAUCUGUUCCUUGUUUGUUCCUGUGAUGUGUAAUCUCCAAAAUUUUAUUGAACGUGAAUAUUUUCAAAAUAGAGAUGGUUGUCUUGGCACCCAGUGAAGAUAUUUCCUGCUCCUUCAACUCCUUAUUCAUUUGUCCCUUCUUAUGAAGACUGGCUGUUAACUUUUUCAUCAGGGGGUUAUUGCCACCGCGUGUCCCAUUAUAGGUGUUACCCCCAAAUGUAAACCCAAGUGGUGGGUUCCCUACUAUGGAGAAGUGAAGUACCUUAUUCUUCUAUUUUAUAUUUUAUACUUAAGCCCUGCGGUCUCCAAACCCCUGGUCCCCACACCCUGCUCCCCAUGUGCUUGUCAUUCAUAAGCUGUUGUGUCAGUCUUCUGGGAAGUCUCUGAACAGUAGUGACUACUGAACCAUGAACCACUGGGGCAGUGAUUGAGCCAGAAGGGCCCUGAUCUGCUUUCCACCUUUCUCUUCCUUGCUGCGUGCCCAGGGGCUGACUUGUUGGAGGGCCACAUUAUGAGACUUCCCUGUCCUCUGGCUUUCAGUUGACCUCCCAGGAGGGCAGAUAAGAGCUGGGGUUGGGGAAAGAGUAGAUGAUGGUAUUUAUUCAACCGGUUCCCUUGCAGGUUGCCUCAGGUUGGCCUCCACUGAAGGUCUCAGCUCUAGGGAGGUGGCCCUCUUUCCCACAAGCCUUCUCCAUCUGUGCGUUCUAGUAAGUGCUUCCGCCUCUCAUCCCUUCAGGGUGAAGGGUGAAGUGGGAGCGUGGCUUACUUAGUUCUGGCUGGACUUAUGGUUUCCAUACAUCCUGCUCACAUUUUUGUUUAAAAAACAAAAAACAAACAAAAAAACCCCACAACAACCUUUUAUAGAACCCUCCUCAGAUAAUCCUAAUUUGAGUGUGCCAUCUAUUUCCUCAGGACCCUGACUAAUAGUGUCUCUUCUGAAAAAGCUGAGUGCGUUCAGGUCUAGAAGAGAAACCUUUCAUUUGAAGUUGAACCUCAGAGCUUUUGAUCCUUAGGUGGGUGAUGCUUCCUCUCCUUGUUCCUUAUUUGGCCUAGUUUAAAAUCUCUAAAUAAGUUGUUAUUGGCACUUAUUGCCAGUAAGGCAUUGCAGUCUCUAGUAAAUGAUAAGGUAUUGUGAAAUGGAAAAUACUUGCUUAUAUUAGCCUAAGUGAAGACAGUGUGCUGUAUUGGAAUUGAAGUCUUUUAUGAGUUUUUUUUUUAAUAUAUUGCAAAAUUUAGAUAAAGGAAUAUGAUAUGAAAAAUGUCAAUGUGUUUUUCUAAUACAGUAUGGAAUAGAGGAUCUUUUUUGGACAUAAAUGUGUUUGCAAUUCCAUUUUCAUACAUACUGCAUGGCUUAAUGGCUUGAGAACUAAAACCAGAAAUCACUGGUAAUUUCCAUCCCCAGGUGUUUUUCUUCUAGAAAAACAUACAAAGCCAAGAUUUUAAUGUAAAAUAUUUUUCUUUAAUUGCAUCUUAUAUCUUGAUUAAUGAAACAUGGAAAUAGUGGUUUUCAGUUUUGGUCACCUGAGGAACCUAUUUUCAUUUGCUUUUAGAGAAGGCCAUUUUCUAAAGAGACACAAUAUUGCCACACAAUGUGCAAAACCCUUUUUGGUAAUAAAAAGUUGUUAUUUACCUCUAAGCAAAUAUUUUCAGUUAUUUACUCCAAAUUAGAUGGGUAAAAAGGACUGAUUUAGAUCUUGUAGCUUACUCAACUCAUCAUUAAUUACUAGCAAACACCCAAGUAUUGAAGACGUUUCUAAUAAACAAAAAGGCAUAUAUUCUGAGUACCUUAAAUAAAUGUUUACUUUAACAGGUAUUUCCUAAAUCUCUGGAUUUUGGUAUGUAAUUUAAAAAUAUAUCUAUGCAUGUAAAUUAGUAAUACUGCAGCCAUAUCCUUGCAAACACAUCUGUCAAUGUCAAACGUUUCACUUUUUUUUGUUUUUAAACAAAACCACUUUGUACUACCUAUAGACACAUAGUUGAAAUCCCUCAGGAAAAGUGUUUAUCUUCUUGUUAGUGCCUUGAAAAGGUCUGUUGAGUCACCAUAAUCCUGGCUUAUAUUUCCCAGAUUUAGACUAAUAAUGCCUGCAUCUCUGAUGGGAUGGAGACAUAGCAUUUGAAGUGGAUGCAGUUUGAAAUCUCAGAGGUAUAUGCAUGAUUUUUAAAGACAAUUUUUAGAUCGUAUUAACAAAAUAGGAUGCCCAUUAUAAGUAGUAUUGUUAUUGUUGCUUGCCUCCCACCCCAUUAGACGGUAUUGGUGAUAUUAUUUUUAGUGAAGUUGCUAAAUCCUAAUAAAUAGUUUAAACAGAUGCUGAGGAAGGCUGUGCUCUCUGAAAACAAGGAAUUCCAAAUCAGUUUUAUGAUGUGUACCUGAUAUUUUUUCCUGCAUUCACUAUCAGGAAAUAAAGAUGGGAUUUUGAUAAAUAUUUAAUUUCAUCAAUGACACCGGUGCUGUAUUCAUAAACCGUUCAGAAAGGUAUGAGAAACCAUUCCAAGUUGUGGGAUAUCAGACACUAGUUCUUAAAUUGCUGUGGGGGAAAAGCAGAUUUUUAAAUUUUAAAAAGAUCUUUUUCUUUAUUUUUAAGCAGAAGUUUGUUUUUGUUUUUGGUAAACCCAACUUCCAUUAAGCCACAUGCUGUACAGUGCAAGACUAAUGUGGCAAUGGCUCUAAGCAAACAACUGCUGCUCAGGAUUUAUAGAGAGAGGCUGGAAAGCCCAGCUUAAUGCAGUAAACCAGCAGAGUUCAAGCCAUAUGAGUAUUCUAAGAAUUAGAUUUUGUUAUUCUUGGAACUUGCUAUGCAGUGACACAGAGUCUGCGUUUUGCUCUUCUGACUCUAGUCAAGUCUCAGUAGGCCUGUGCUGACGUCCUAACCUCUGGCAAAGAAGAGUUCAGCCUGAAAAGGGGCGCGGUGCUUCCUCGUCUGUCCAGGUUAUAUCUAUUGUUAGCAGCUCAAGAGGAGACGUGCCCAAUGUACGAUAUUUUAUGUUUGCCUUAUAAACAUGAACCCAAAGAAACAUCAAAUACAGUUCAAAAGCCCAAGAGGAAAGGGGUAAUGAGAAAUCAGAACAC